AUGCCUAUCAAGCUACCAAAGAGCUUUGCUCGGCGAAAGUCAUCUGGCAACAUUCUGGAGGAUGUGGAAUCCCAACCGCAGUCAUCUUUUCGUGUUUUUGAACGCCCUGGACCUCACCGAGCGAUGACAGACGGCGCUCCGCUGACCAAACCCCUGAGUGCAGGCCAUGCGGUACCUGCAAUGUUGGAAGACAACGAUAAUAUAUUUGCGGGGACAGAGAAACCCCUGGGCAAGAAUCGUGGUACGAUAGUAUACGAGAGCUCAACAUCUACUCGACUCAGUUCCUCCUCUACCCAACCUUCUUCUAUGGAGGUUUCUUCUCCUGAAGAUGUCUCCCCGCAUUCUCGGAACCACGACAUACCCGCUCCACACACAAGCACAAAUGCGAUCAGGGACGCUUUUGCUGCUGCAAGGACAUUCUCAUUCGGCGGCCGACAUAAAUCAUCCAAUUCCUCUGUUCCUCCACGAAAUACUACACCGGAUGAAUAUACGAGACAACGUGCUAUGACCAACAGUACGGACGAAACGGCCACUCCACCAAAACUAACGGAUGAAGACUUCGGUCUGGGUACCGGAAGUGAUGAUUUUGGAAAGAUGUUUGACCACCUUGGAAAGCGAGAGAGCGCUUUGUUGCGAGAUCCCUCCCCACGGCGACCUAAUCAGUUUUCAUCAUCUCCGCCGACGCAAGCACUACCCGAGUUCGCAACGAGUGGUAGGGCAGCUCGGCCUCUGCCAAUUAACACAGACCGAUCGGCAGUCGUUGAGCCUUCCCCUUACUCUUGGAAUAGCCGUCAUUCUGAAGAGGGGUUACUUCAUGAUCCUGAUGAGGUACCGUUGGGUGAUCGAAACUCAUACUCGCAACCGACUCCUGAAACCAUGGGUUCCCGUCAACAGUCCCCGGCAACCCAACCAAUGGCCGGCGCUACGACUUCUCACCGGGCUUUGGACCGGCCAAGACGACAGUCAGAAAUGGGACUGCGGAGAAGCGUUAUCUACCCCGGGGACCGAGACUCCAACCCCAUCGAUGACGAAGAUGCUUUAUUGGUCAGAAAAUCUCUGAUGUGGAGUAGAGAAAGCAUUUCUCCCUCUGGUGGUACACCGCUUCUCGAGAAGGCCCAGGUGCAUAGCCCUGGCGAGCUUUCGAGCCCCGAGCCCGAUUCAAUGUUCUCAAAUAUCCACUCACAUACUCAAGAACACGUGGAUCCUUCAAUUGCCGACCAUGCACGGCUCGCUGUUCAAUUUGCGGAGAACCUGCGCAAGACUCCUUCUCCUGGCAACAAAGUGAUGACUCCGUCCCAAUUUGAGCAUUAUCGCCAGCAACAAGAACUACGGCGCUCGAACAGCAACUCCUCUAAGAGUGAUGAUGAAUCAGAUCAUGAAGAGUUCGAUGAAGAAGAUGAGGCCGAGAAGCAGCGUGAAGCUGAGCGUCAGCGGCGGAAGCAAGAAGCUCAUUUAUCUGUAUAUCGUCAACAAAUGAUGAAAGUAACGGGACAGCAAGCCCCGUCACCCUCUUUGCGACCGAUUAUGAGUGGCGCGAGCAGCAGUACCCCGAACCUCCCCAUCCAUGUGUCGAGCAUGGGUGACAAGUCAUCGAGCGGUAAAAGCAACGAUGAUGACGACGAUGAAGUUCCCUUGGGUAUUCUCGCAGCGCAUGGUUUCCCCAACCGUAACCGUCCCCCAACCCGCUUGGCCAACGCAAGCUCCAAUCCUAAUCUUCGAGCAUCUAUUCAUCCAUAUGCAUCAUCUUCUACUUCCCUAGCAGGUGUUGAGCAGCAGCAGGAUCAUCGGGGAAAUCUGCCUGUUUUCGCCCGGAAUCUUCCACGGGAUCCUUAUUUCGGAGCCAGUUUAGUCAACCCCGCCAACCGAGAGUCAUUAGCCAUGGGCGGUGGCUCAGUAUAUGGUGGUCCUGCUGCCACACCUCCAGUGCCAACGGGAGGGCUUGUGGGCGUUAUUGCCCAGGAGGAGCAGGCACGUGCUAUGAGAAGAGGCAGUCCGAAUACACAGGCAAUGUACGAUAUGGGAGGUGUACCCCGCCCAUACUCCAUGAUGUCACCACCACUGCAGCAGCAGGGAAUUUCUCCAUCGGAGCAGUCGCAGGUUCAAUUGAACAAUCAAAUGUCAACUAUGAUACAUAUGCAGAUGGAAUGGAUGCAGCAAAUGAUGCGCAUGCAGGGCAUGCAGGGACCUCCGCCAAUGAUGCAAGGCGGUAUGCCAAUGCCGCCGCACAUGAUGGGAGCACCACCUAUGCCAGGAGCCCCCAUGGGUCCUCCCUCCAUGGCAGGUCCUUCUCAUAUGGCAGGCCCUGGAUCGGUUUCCGGCAAUUCUAAUAUGAGACCAGUCUCCAUGCCGGGCCUGGCUCCAUCAACCCCAAAUAAUUACGACCAACGACCAUUGAGCAUGCUUGACCCUAAUAUUGCCGUCCGUCGCACAGGUUCACCGAUGCCUAAUCUGCCUGGUGGUUCCUAUUCUCAUAAUUCCCCUGGUUAUGCCCCGUCUAUUGCCCCGUCUGAGCGCAGCAACGCAGGCAUGGCGCCUCGAUACCGCCCAGUUUCUGUACAGGGUGACCCCGCCCAGCAUCUCUCCCCAAUGAACAGGGCUUACACCGAUGAAAAUCGCCCCCAUUCACACCUAUCCAUUUCUCAAACCCAAGGAAACAUUCCAAAAUCGACCACACUUGCUACCGUCACCGUCAGGCCCGUCUCACAGGCUAGUCAAGCUGCAUCAGCUGUUCGAAAGCCACAUAACGGCUCGGACGAUGAGAAUGACGACGAAGCUUGGGCCGACAUGAUGAAAAAGCGAGACAAGAAGAAGAGUAGCUGGAAGCUCAAGCGAGGAACUUCCUCCUUCGGGGAUCUGCUAAAUGCCGUACAUUAA